AUGGCCGAAUCGAUUUCAGUUGAAGAAACAAAUGCCUUACGUGAGAAGUUGGGACUUCCCCCUUUAGCCAUUGCAGGGAGCGCAGAAGAUGCUGCGGAUCCUGAUAAAGAUGCGUAUGACAACUAUCAAAGAAUGAAACAGGAAAAAGAUAAAGCAGCAAAAGAUGAGGAAAUUAAGAAGAACAUUGAAAAAUCUAAAAACCGCAAAAGAAACUUAGCCAAGCUUCAAGGUAAAGGACUUGGUGAAGCAAGUGACGAAGAGGAUAGCGCUUUAAAUUGGAUCAAAAAAAGCAGAAAGCGUGAAAGAGAUUUAGCAGCACGCCGAGAGCAAGAGCUUGAAGAAAUGGAUGAUUCAUACCAAACUUAUGAUGCCACUCAUUUAAAAGGUCUCAAAGUAAGCCAUGCCAUGUCUGAAUUUGAAGAAGGUGGGGAAACCAUCUUAACACUGAAAGACCGCAAUAUCUUGGGCGAAGAGGAUGAGGAUGUAGAUGAAUUGACGAACGUGAAUAUCGAAGAUCGUGAACGAUUAAAGAAAAACCUCGAUGCUAAGAAACAAAAGCCAGGCUACAACCCUUACGACGAUGAUCAAUUCAAUGGCAGUAAACCUAGUAUCCUUCCCCAAUAUGAAGAUGAAGAAGAAGAGGGUGGGUUUGUGAUUGGAAGAGCGGGUACAAUUAAACCUGUCAUUGAAGCUGUAGAUGAAAAAACUGUAUCACAAAAAUUAAAGGAACAAUCAUUGUCAUACGAAAAGAUGCAGGAAAUCAAAGAUUACUAUACCCAAGAAGAAGUCAAUGCUACAUUCAAAAAACCAAAGAAUAAGAAAAAGAAGAAGACUAGAAGAAAGGCAAACGAUGAAGAUGAUAUAAAUGUAUCGACAACAGUUGAUGAUAGCACGCCUGCUGCGGCACCAAGAUCUCGCACCAUCGAUCCGGAUGCCAAUUUUGUAGAUGAUGAUGAUCUUCAAGAAGCCCUUGCCCGUGCUAGAAGAGUUGCGAAUAAAGAAAAGAACAAGUUGUUCAAAAAAAUGACGCCCGAAGAAAUCGCCAAACAAAUUAGAGAAGAAGAAAGCUCGAAGAUGGACGAAGAUGAAGAAGAAGGCGGUCUUGUUUUGUCAGAAACCACUGAAUUCAUCAACGCUGUAGGUAGUAACAUUCCUACUUUUGCUCCCAAAGAAACCGUCGCUCCUACUCCUGUAAAACCUGUCGCUGUGGAAGCUAAGGAAGAUGUCACAAGGCACGUCAAAAUCGAAGAUGUUCCUGAAGAUACACCUAUGGAGGAUCCCGUGGAGGAGAAGGAUGUAAUUAUGGAAGACAUUGAAGAAGAGAAGGUAAAGGAGGCAGCUGAAGUACCCAUGGUCGAAGAACCCUUAGUUAGCUCCGGCCUUGCAGCUACACUUUCUUUACUUAAUCAAAAAGGUAUUAUUGCAAAACCUACUGAAGAUCAAAUUAAACGCGAUAAGAUUGCAGCGGAACAAAUCAGAUGGCAAAACGAACAAAGAAAGAGAGAGCAUCAACGUGAACUGGAGGAAAAGAGAGAAAAGGAGCGUCGUAAAGGUGGAGACAGAGGCAAAGAUCGUAAUUCAGAUAGAGUCAGAGAAGCUGAACGCGAAAGAGAAAGAGAGAAAGAAAGAGAAGAUGCACAACGUAUGCGCGAAUAUGAGUUGGCUAUGCAAAACUAUAAACCUGAGGUCAAUUUGGAAUAUACAGAUGAUAACGGUCGAAUCAUGAAGACAAGUGAAGCGUUUAGAUACAUGUCACAUAAGUUCCAUGGUAAAACUUCUGGAAAGACAAAGACUGAGAAGCGUAUGCAAAAGAUUGAAGAAGAGCGUAAAUUAAAUAUGAUGAGUAGCACAGAUACACCACAUAAUUUGGCAAGCGCUUUAUUGGAAAGACAGCAACGUACAGGUGCGGCUCAUGUUGUAUUAAGUGUUGGUAAAAGAGGUGUUGUGCCUCCUACUAUGCCUUUAGAAAACUCAAAGCCCUCAAAGCCCUCAAAG